AUUAUAAAUAUAUAUUUUAAAAAUAUAUAUAAUACUUAUAAAACAUUCAACAAUUAAAAGGAUUUUAUAUAUUAUAAAAUUUAUAGAAUUUAUUAAAUGUUUUAUAUUAUAAAAUAUAAUAAAUAUAAUUUAAAUCUUUUCCGUUUUAUAAGAUUUCAAUACGACAAUAUUUUUUAUAAAAAUAUGUCAAUAGAAUCUAAUAAACAAAUUGAGAAUGUUAUUGAAGAAACAAAUAAAAGACAAAUUAUUGAUGAAAGUUCUGAAAUUGUAGCAAAAGCACCAAAGUUAGAUAUAGUACAAAAGAAAAAUAAUGUAAUAAAUAUAAAUAAUAAAAAAAAAAUUAAAAAGAAAAAGUUUGUGAUAGUUUUAGGUUAUCUUGGUAGAAAUUAUUCUGGUAUGCAAAUUAAUCGUGGUAUAAAAACUAUUGAAGGAAGUUUAUUAUCUGCUUUGUUAAAAGCAGAUUUUAUUACAAAGCAUCAAUUUGAAGAUUUAAGAGAAAUUAAAUUUCAAAGAGCUGCUCGUACAGAUAAAGGUGUAUCAGCAGUUAGACAAAUUGUUUCUUUACAGUUGCCUAAUCAUGUAAAUAAAGAAGAUAUAAAUAAACAUCUUCCAAAGGAUAUCAAAGUAUUUGAUAUAAAGAGAGUAACAAAAAAUUUUAAUAGCAAAAAUAAAUGUGAUGCUAGAACAUAUAGAUAUGUUCUUCCUACAUUUGCUUUGGCUUCAGAAGAUUUAAGUUUCUUACAAAUGGAUAAAGAAGAAGAAAUAAAUGAAGAGAAACGACUUGAAAAACUUUCUAUGAUAGAUGGAAAACCAUAUAAUGAAUUUCGAUUAACUUCAGAUAUGCUUGAUAAGUUAAAUGAAAUUUUAAAAUUAUUUGAGGGUACACAUAAUUUUCACAAUUUUACAUCAAAAAUAAGACCAAUGGAUCCAAGAGCUAAACGUUAUAUAGUAUAUUUUCGCUGUAUUGAAACAUUUAUUGCAAAUAAUAUGGAAUUUGCAGUAUUAGAAGUGCAAGGACAAAGUUUUAUGUUACAUCAAAUUAGAAAAAUGAUAUCUUUAAUAAUAGGGAUUUGUAGAAAUAUUAUAACAAUCGAUUUUUUCAAAGAUGCAUUUUCAUUAGAAAAAGUUGACAUUCCUAUUGCACCAGGUUUAGGAUUGAGUUUACAUUUUGUACAUUAUACAUAUUAUAAUGAAAGAUUUGGAAAAGAUGGAUUUCAUGAAAUGUUAGAUUGGAAUGGAUGUAAUGAAGAAAUUGAAAAAUUUUAUAAAGAAUAUAUUCUAAAGUAUAUAAUAGAUACAGAAAUAUCAGAUAAAGUAAUAUUAUAUUGGUUGGUAUCAUUUCUGACACCAAAAAGAUUUAUAUUUAAAGAACCUAUAGCAUAAUGUAAUAUAUAUAUA